AUGGAUGCGGAAUGGUCAACAAGUGGUUGGUCCUAUUCCCAAUGGCAAUAUGAUCCGGCGUGGGAUGGCUGGCAGGACUGGCACUCGCAGGAUGAUAAGGUGCAUGGGCGAGACUACAAUUCGCCGGUGGAAGCACCUCCGCCUCCGCCACGAGCUGGACCUGAAAGGAGGCCACCGCUUGGGCCUCCACCCGGACCACCAGGGCCUCCGCCCGGGCCUCCACCCGGGCCUCCGCCCGGGCCUCCGCCCGGGCCUCCUCCACAAGAACCCGUACCUCCACCUCCACAAGGGCCCGGACCUCGACCUCCACAACCUACGACGAAGCAGAAAGGGCCAUCCUUCACUCCGCCCUUGCGUGGGCACGACGAAGAUGUGACUCAGCUGAUGGAGGCAAGCCGAGCUUCGGGCGCUCGCCCGAACUUCAGUCAGCUUCGCAGGGAGUUCGACGCGAAGAUGAGAGAGGUGAAGCAGACUUGUGCAGAGUUACACCAGGCACAACUCUCAGCAGAGCUGGCGCAACAACAGGUGAGGUUCAACGAGGAGAAGAAGGCCUACGUCGAGGCGGCGAACUUGGCGGCGAAGGCGGCUGCCGAGGCCGACAAGACGGAUGCGCUGCUGCAGCUGGGCGAGCGCUGGAAGGCCUACAGUGACGCUGAGAUCCUGAAGGCCGUUCAGCGCGAGCAACAGUCUGCGCAAAAACUGUUGGCCGAGCAGAAGGAGGCCUACGAGCUCGAGAAGUCUCGUCAAACUACGCGCAUCAACGAGCUCUUGGAAUCCGUGGAGUUUUGGAAGCAGUCGAGCAAGGAAUGGCGAUAUUCCAAGCUCAGUGACUUGGAGAAGAUUGCAGCCUCAGCCUCACAACAGGCUCAGCAGGAGAAGGAAACGAAGCCAGACGCCAAGAAGAGCCUUGCAAAGGACGACAAGAAAGAGUCGAAGCCCGAGACGGCGAAUCCUGGUACCUCUUCAAAGGAGUUCCCGCAAGCAGAUCUUCCACAAGCAGAUCUUCCGGAGGCGGUUAAAAGAGAUGACGAGCUGACUGCACAACAGCAGAUGGAGCGGGUGGCGGCCAAGUACCCGGAGGUCGCAAGGAUGAGAGCAGACUCUGCUAAGAGGAAGAAAGAUCCGAAAGAAGAUGACAAGAAGGCUGGGUAUUUCAUGCACCCCUCUUUAAAAAUCCCGAGUUGGCAUAACAUCAUAGCACGGCAGGUCCAAGCCAAGAAAGCGAAGAUCCCGGAGGCUGGGCUAAACUCUGAUGCACUCUCCUAUUGCACAAUGACCAAACAUUUGGCAGAGGCUUCAACGGAGGUGACAGAGGCGCCGCUUCCGCGAAAGAAGAAGGAGAAGAAGGCGGGCUUUGUAAUGGACGUCUUAUCAAACAUAGGCGAACAAUGA